GAAAUCGAAGUCGACGUUAUUUUUUUAAGUCGAAUUGUUAAGAAACUGAACAAAAUUGUUACUCCCUUGUUCACACCUUAAGAAUUUAUUCUGGCUAAUCGUGCAACUUCGAGUAAAACUUCUAAUAUGUAUUUUUCUAGUAACGUACUUGGUACAAUUGUUCUAACCUAAAACGUACCUUUUAUUAUAUUGAAAAAGACAUUUUCCCAGAUAGAUUUAAUUAGCUGCAAAGAAAUACAUUUGAAUACCUUAAAAUAUACAGUGUACUCGUUAGAGUUGAAUAUAUUUUAUCACAUAAUGGAUAACAUAUUUGGUAAAGAAGAUUCUGGAAAUGAAAGCGAACACAUAGAUAUUGAUGAUAAAGAAGACAAGUACAAUAAUUCUCAAAAUUCUGAGUCCAAAGACGCGGAACCAAUGGAUGCUGAUAAUUUACAGGUCAAGGUAGAAUCAGAUGCAAUGAGUUCUCAGUCUCAAUCAGAUGCGGAUGAUAUGGGCUCUAAUUCGUUGUAUGCAGUACCUGAGGAUCAAUUAGAAAUUGUAAAGCAUGAAGUUGAAAAUAGAGAAGAAGAACAAAUUACUGAAGAUAUAUUUGGGAAUGAUAUACUACUAUCACAUAGAAAUUCAACAAAUGUUAAGGAAAGACGUGAAAGUAAAGAGAAAAGUAAAAAAGAAUUGGAGGAGGAGGAAAGGGAAAAAAUGCAGGUAUUAGUCUCAAAUUUUACAGAGGAUCAGUUGGAUAGAUAUGAAAUGUACAGAAGAGCAGCUUUUCCAAAAGCAGCUAUAAAGAGGAUUAUGCAAACCAUAACAGGUUGUUCUGUAUCGCAGAACGUAGUUAUCGCUAUGUCCGGUAUUGCAAAAGUAUUUGUAGGAGAAAUUGUAGAAGAAGCUCUUGAUGUCAUGGAAGCGCAUCAAGAAACAGGACCGUUACAGCCGAAACAUCUAAGAGAAGCGGUUAGAAGAUUGAGACUUCAGGGACAAAUUCCAAAUGGUCGUGCUCAUAAAGCAUUUUUUAGGUUAUGAAUGCUUUACAAUAUAGUUGAUUAAAAUUGUGAUUCUAAUUUUUAAACAAAAGUAUAGAGUAACAUAGAAGAAUGUAAGGGUAUGUUAGUUUGAAAUAAUGAUAUUUAUA